CGAACAUGCCAAGAUGCAUGAAAACUGUUAAUAAAAACCAGGGUUAUUCCACCAAAUAUUGAUUUCUGAACUCUUACAACUUUAUGAUUAUAACCUUGUUUUCUUUGCACUAUUUGAGGUCUGAAAGCUCUGCAUCUUUUUUGCCAUUUCAGCUUUUUUCAUUUUCUGCAAACAAAAAGCAUGCUGUAAAUGACAAUAUUUUUAGGAGUAAUGUUGUAAUUUAAGAGUGAAGAGGUUGGGGGUGAGACAGUGAGGGGUGUGGGUAAGAGAUUCAUAUGUUCAGUCCUGCUGAAGAGACGCAGUGGGUGUGAGCACAAAGUUAUUUCGUCACACAGUAUACGACUGUGUGUGUGUGUGUGUGUGUGUGUGUGUGUGUGUUCAAUAAAGGAUCUUUCACUCUGACAUUUGGAGGAACUCUGCACUUGUAGAAGUCAGAUCCUGUGAUGAGCCUCAUUUCACCAGCCAAUGAGAAGCAGAACUGUAAAGAAGAAGAAGAAGAAGAAGAAGAAGAAGAAGAUGGAACCACUUCUGCUAUAACUGCCCCAUCUUCCUUAGUCUCUGAACACUCCCCCACUGAUGCCCCCAUGCCAGAUGUGCCUCCGCCGCCACCUCCCCUGCCUGGUUUGGGGCAGCGGAAGCGGAGGGUGCGGAGCUUCUACUGGAAACCCAUCCCUGAAGAGCGUGUCCACCAGCGCAGCGAACCCAACCUGUGGACUCUCGGCCAUUCGACUGAGAAACACACCUUCCACAUUGACAUCAAGACCAUUGAGGAAUUGUUUGGACAACAUGAUAACACCCGAUCACAGACGACAACCAACAGCAAGAGCAGCCAAUCACCUGGCUUACUCCAGGAGCCCAGAAAGGAGAUUUCCAUUCUGGAUUCUAAGAGGAGCAUGAAUGUGGCAAUUUUCCUCAAACGCUUUAAAAAGUCUAACCAGUCCAUUGUAGAAGAUAUUCUCAAUGGUAAGAGUGAUGUGUUUGGAUCAGAGCUUCUCAGAGAGCUUCUGAAGUUUCUCCCAGAACCUGAAGAGGUGGAGAGGCUUCAGGCAUACAGAGGCGAUCUGUCACAGCUGACCACGGCUGACUCCUUUAUGUACCACCUCACUGCCUUACCUGGGUUUAGUCUGCGUAUUGAGGCCCUGUUGCUAAAAGAAGAAUUUUCUCCUCUCUGUUCAUCUUUGAAGAAAGACAUUUCCACUGUUCGCUCUGCCACCAGGGAGCUGCUGAGCUGUACAGAGCUUCACUCCAUUCUCCACCUUGUGCUGCAGGCAGGAAACAUCAUGAACACCGGUGGUUAUGGAGGUGCUGCUGUAGGGUUUAAACUCUCCUCGCUGCUCUCACUGGCCGACACCAAAGCCAACAAGCCGGGAAUGAACCUGCUGCACUUUGUUGCUCUGGAGGCUCAGAAGAAAGACGAAGAGCUGCUGAGGUUUCCUGAAAAACUCCCACAUAUUAGCAAUGCAGCACGCGUGAGUGUGGAGAGUCUGGAUGAAGAGCUGGAGAGUCUGAGUUUGAGAAUCAGUUCCAUGGAAGAGAAGCUUCAGACCAACUCAGAGCUUCUGCAGCAGCUCCACACAUUUCUGCAGGCAGCUGCUGGUUCUCUAGAUGAUGUUCGCAGCAGCAGGGCGGAGCUACAGAAGGAAGGGGAUGAUAUGAUAGAUUUUUUCUGUGAAGACAAAGAAACGUUUAAACUUGACGAAUGUUUCCACAUCUUCCAGAACUUCUGCUCCAAGUUUAGGAAGGCUGUACAGGAAAAUAUGGAGCGGGAGAUGAGGGUGGAGUCUCAGAGGAAGCGCUUGAGGGAUCAACAAAUAAAGCGUAGUUCAUGGGCUGGGCUUGACAAACUUGGUGCAGCUUUUGGAUCUCGGUGCAGCAGUGAGACUGAUGUUCAGGCAGCUCUGAAACGAGAGGGGCUUUGGGGCCUCCUCAGGGCGCACUCCCUCAGCCCCCAGAGUCCUCUGGGGCAGUUUGGGAGCCUCCGUCGAUCACGACAACAGUUCGGUAACAGCAUCACUGACUCUCACUCUGCUGGAAUUACUGUGGAAGCGCAGUCCCUGGUGCCACAUCUGCAAGCCUUCAACUUUGACCCCUUAACCGAACCUCAAAAUAACAGUACCCCAACUCAAAUCCAGGACCCUCAGGACCCCAGCCAGGAUGACCCAAGUGUGCCAGAGAGCCAACUGAAUCCUGACCAGGAGAGCAGCAGACAUUUGGAGCAAACCAUACCAAUCACAGAUCAGCCAGAAAUGGACAUGAGCUUGGACUUGUUGGAGAAACUGAAUGAGGAAGAAAAUUCCUUGUCUGCUGCUUCCUUCUCUGACCAAUCAGCAAUAAUAACCUCCAAUGACUCAACAGUGUCCACCAGUCAGGCACCAGAACCCAAGCUGGAUCAUCAGUCAGUGUUGGUGUCCAGCAUUGAGGCACCUGGGUCUGACCUCACCCCCAACCCUGAUGGGCAAGAGGGGAAAGAUGUACAAAGACAGUCAAUCAGUCCAGAAGAUAAAAGAUCACCAAUCAGAACAAAGUCCACCUCCAGACCAGCCACACCUCCAGAAACUCCUGAAUCUUCUUCCUCCCAGCCUUCUACAUCCACUAAUAGUCGAAGGCAUGUUCACCCUGUGCGAAUGCUCACACAAUCUGAAAAUCAAAGCAUGAGGAAGGUCAUUCCUCUCAGCCGGAAACCGCAGACCUCCACAGUUCCUGCAAUAUCUGGCACUUCCCAAUCUCCUACUCCAAAACGACCAUCCAUACAGAGGUCAUCUACGCAAAGGUCACCUGUGCAGAGCUCACCUCUGCAGAGGUCUUCUACACAGAGGUCAUCUACACAAAGGUCUCCAGUGCAGAGGUCAUCCACACAGAGGUCAUCUACACAAAGAUCACCUGUGCAGACCUCACCUCUGCAGAGGUCUUCUACACAGAGGUCAUCUACACAAAGAUCCCCGGUUCAGAGAUCAUCUACACAGAGAUCACCUGUGAGAAAAGUGGUGGUCCAGCCCAAAGCACCACCAGAGGAAAAGAUGUGUCGCUCCACACUCCGUGCUCUCGCUCAGGCUGGAGGAAGUGGAGCUCCGCCCCUGCAACAAAACCCAUCCCACAGCCACGCCCCACAUUUUGCUCAGGGAACUGUGGCCUCCGCAACCCGCAGAGCUGCUGCUGGUGCUACUGGAAACCUCCCUGCCAGUCAAAGUACAGUGGCAACUACUUCCAAAUCACCUUCACUGAAUCGUGCAACAUCCCUAAGACUUGGACGGAGUAGAUCAACCUCUCAAAGUGGAGGAAAUUCUCAGAGUAAAGUCAACUCACCAAGUAGAGUAAACUCUACGAGUGCAGUGAUCCCUCAGAGUAAAGUGACCUCACGGAGUAGAACAACAUCUCAAAGUGGAGUGAUCCCUCCAAGCAGAGUGUCUUCACAGAAUAAAGUCAUCUUACCCAGUAGAGUAACAUCUCAGACUGGUGUAAUCCCUCAGAAUAAAGUGACUUCACAGACCACAGUAACUAGAACCCAAAGCAUGCAUCGAAAACCCUCUGCUGGCCACAGCAGAAAGAUCAUCUCCUCUGAGAAAUCAGAAGUUUCCCAUGACUCUCAGAAGACACCCCUCAAACCAGUCUGGAAGUAGAGAAUUGGUCAGUGACUGAGGCACCUAAGCUCAUGGGGUACCAGGUUCCUACAACCAGAACCUUACUUCCUGCUCUGGAUUGCUUUUGUACUUACUAGUAAACAAGUCCCCUCUAUCAGUUGUUUAUAGUUCAUGUUGAACUAUUAGGCAGGACAGAUAUUGCUUUUCACAGAAACCUGCAAUGUACUGGAGCUAAUCCAACUUACUAUCCCUAAUCAUUAAAAACAGCCACAAAAUCAGAUGAUAUUUUUUCUUAAAUUAGGUUGAUAAUAUAUUUAACUUACUUUGUACAAAACAUGCACAUUAUCUUCUGUGGGCUGAAGUUUCAGUCAAAAAAUUAAAAUGGCUUAAAUUGUCUAAAAUAAAUAAAACGUUAAAUAAAUGACAUUUUGUGUUUUUUUUUUAUCUGGUCUAACGAGUAAAGGUUAAAAGUUAGCUGGCAUCCUCCUCCCUGUUUACAUGUUAGAAUAUGAAAUUUUCUGAAAGACUGUUUUAAAAAAACACCCAACUAAGGAUGUCAUGGUUAAUUUUUCUGGUACCAGACGUUUUUAAGGUCAGCGGGGUUUAAGAUCCUUAAACAGCAUCAGACUCUUUAUCUGCUCUUUAUUAUGCGUCAACACUUUUAACCUGUCUGCAACCCGACUAGAACAAAAAUAACAAAUGAGCAAAUGAGUGACUGAGAAAAGAGUGUGGAGAGUGCUGACCUACUGAAUAGAGACCUCCAAUGAAAGAAGAUAGUUCUGCCUCCUGAUUGCAACUGUAGAGUACUGUGGGUCUAAAGCACUAAAUCAGGGAUAAUUUUUUUCUUUUACUUACUUGUGUCCGUAUGGGCCUGAUGGGGUCAGGCUUGAAAAAUUCUGAAGAGAUCAGUCUGAUUCUGAAGAGAUCAGUCUGAGUCUUGCAGGAUCAAUCUGGGUCUGUCGGGGUCAGUCUAAGACUGAAAGAAUCAGACUGGAUCAGUUGAGGUCAGUCUGGUUUUGUCGGGGUCCGUCAGGAU